AUGUUUUGUGAGGUUAGUGGUCACAAAGGAAUUGACAUUGGUGAGAUGUUAGAGAAGUGUUUGUCAGAUUGGGAGCUUAAAGAUGUGUUUACUGUCACUUUGGAUAAUGUGAGUGCCAACAAGGUAGCAAUGGAUUAUUUGAAGACUAGUAUUGUUUCAAAGACAGGGGCAGAAGAGAGAGAUAAGUACUUGCAUGUAAGGUGUGCAGCUCAUGUACUUGCACUUGUGGUAAAAGAUGCUGUGAGGGUCUACAACAAAUCAAUUGCAAGAAUCAGGUCAGUUGUCAAGUAUAUAAAAGGUUCUCCAUCUAGGUUGGCUAAGCUUAAGCGUUGUGCAAAAUUAGUUGGAAUAGAGUCUAAGGUAACAUUGAUAUUAGAUGUUAAGACUAGGUGGAACAACACAUGCUUGAUGCUACAGGCUGCAGAAGUGUUUGAAAAAGCAUUUAUUAGGUUAGAAAGGUAUGACAAGGAAUAUCGGCAGUUGUUUUAUUACCCAAAACAGACCUCGACUAAGGUAACAACAAACACUUUCUUAUGGCAAUUAGUUAUCAUAUAUGAGCAACUAGUUGAGUUUAGAUAUAAUGUAGAUGAAGAUCCUUUUAUUGCUACUAUGGCUGGAAAAAUGUUUAAGAAGUAUAACAAAUAUUGGGGUGAUUAUGCAAAGAUGAACCCUACAAUCUUUUUUGCCAUGUUGUUAGAUCCUAGAGAGAAAGAAAAAGGACUACAAUUUGCUCUUGAUCUCUUGUAUGGGAAGAGUUCUUCUAAGGUUGAAUCUGUUAUGAAGCUUGUUAAGUUGGAUUUUAAGAUUCUAUUUGAAGAAUAUAAGGAUGUUUAUUCAGUUCAUGAGGAGUCAAGUAGUUCUAUCCAGGGACAAGCCAAAACAGUGGUAAGUAAACCAGUGACAGGGCCAAGUCGUAUGAAAGAGUUGAUGUCAAGGAGUAAGAGGUUCAAGAAAGGCCCAAAUGAUGAUGAGGGAAAAACAGAGUUGGACAAAUAUUACAUUGACGAGUAUGAACAAGGAAUUCUUUGA